AUGCUAGAGUUGCGAGGAUAUAACGUCGAACGCGGUCACUUUCUGCUGGCAAUAUUGCAUUCUAGCAAUGACAUGAAGGACAGUCAUUGGGGGCACUUACUAUCCCAAACGUUUCUUCCCAUUAUCGAGCGUGACUUUGUGGACUUUCAAAAGUGGGACCGUCUACUUCAUCGCUCCUUGUCCCUAGCGUCCGUUUACAAGCGUCUACCGACGAAGCGUCUACGCAAACUGUCAGCAACUACUUGGUUAUUAGGUGAUGACACUUCAGGUUGGCGCUUGGAACUUCAAAAGAGCGUGAGCGUGUGCGAAAAGUGGCUCAAUGCUGCGUUCAUGCAGCUGUCACCAUCGCUGCAGCAGGAGUUUUUGAAUGACGAUCUGUACACUGUGGCCAAACGCAAGCGAGCGGCUCAUCGCGAGAAUAUAAAGUAUGCAAGAGAUUUACAGCAAUUUUUUACCAGUGUAGAGCUGGUGGAUCUAGUGGUUCAAAGAGUGCUCGAGCACUCUGUGAAAAAAGAGACGGUAUGGCUCGAGCCGUCCUGUGGCGAUGGUCGGUUCCUCACGGCGUUGCUACGAGCGGAAGCGCAGCAUGUUAUUGGCUACGAGAUUGACGAAAGAUUACAUAGCAUUGCAGAUAGAAAUGUACGAUUAUCAGCCAUAGAUGUUGCUGGAGGUGUUCAAGUCCAAGUUUGUCUGGGUAAUUUUCUUGAGUCUAGGAGCUGCAUGCCUGCAGAUAAGCAUGUGAUAGUAAUUGGCAAUCCACCAUUUGGUGCACGAGGCAAAGAUGGAAGCGAUCUAGUACACGCGUUUUACCAGCAUGCAGCUAAAGAAUGGCGAGCUAGUGUCAUCGCGUUCAUUGUACCUGAGAGAUGUUCUCGAGGAAAGUUUAUCGAGACGACAUUGCAGAAGCUGAAUGACUCGCAAUCUGAUGAUGGUCUUUUCUUGUCGUGGAAGUUGAAUAUCCAGUUGUCACUGAAUGAUUAUCAUUUCGAGUUUGGUAUACGCGAGAAGCUUAAGCGCGUACGACAGCCCAGUGUACUCCAGUUAUUCAUUCGCCAAUACUAG